AUGACCAACUAUACUCUUCUUGCUUUUCCAAAUCUUCUACCACCGGAUCCAUCGCUUUGUGUCGCUGCCGAACAGCUCAAUCUCUGGACACUAUAUUUAAUUCAGAGAUUGAUCACUUUCAAAAUCUUGAUCCUUUUCGUGUACGCUUUGAAUAACUUUGUCACUCAUGGACAACUGUUGUUGCUGCGGCUUCUGCACGGAGAUCAACCAUGCUCUCUCGUUUUAUCGGCUUUCUAUUGUUUACCGUUGAAAAUUAUAUGGAUGUGCGUCUCGACAGGUCUCUCCACGACUCUUUUCAUGAUUCUUCUUGAGCGAGCAUUUGUCAUUCUCUCGCAACAACCCUAUCCACGUGGCGUCUGGUUCCUGAUUUUUGCCGAAAUUUGCGCAAUGGUUACUUUAACAUGUUGGGCUCUGUCAACCGAGCUUGUCUACGAUUUUCAAGUGUUGCAUUGCUUGGAGGAUACACCAACGAUUAUUCCAAUGAUGAACGUGCUUUCGUCAUUCUUAAUCGUUAUUGACACAACUACUCUCAUUUCAGCUAUUUUAUUAGUUUUUUAUUGUCGUUGGAGGGUAAAGAAAAGAGUUAUCACAUCACUGCACUACUCGUAUUCAUUACGAUACUCGGAAAUGGUGCUACAGGCUUUCUUACCGAUCAUCAUCUUUCACACUUGCAUGAUCUAUGUUUUCAACGUUCUCGGCAUCAUUCAACGAUCAUUUAUCUCACAAAUCGAUUACGUCACACGCAAAAGCUUGCAAGGACUUUUCAAUGUUUUACCCUACUAUGCUCUCGUUUGUCCGAUUCUUUAUGUGUGGGUGCUGGGAAAGUUGAGGAAAAGGUUUGAAAGGGGAAAAAUCAGUAGACAAGUCAUCUUCCAAUUGAGCCCAGGU